CGUUUCUCUUCGAACUCUUCGUCGAAACCCUAUCGCUCCUCCUCCUCGAUCGCCGAUCCAUCAUCUCCUCGAUCACGAUACUGUUUCUCCGAAGAUGAAACGGAGCAAAUCGGCAGCGAAGGCGGCGCACGCACACCAGCAGAAUGGCCACGCACUUCCCUCCAAGUUCGCCAAACUGUUCGAUCCGGAGGCCUCUUGGGAUAAGGAUCAGUUGGGGGAUGUGCUGCAUUGGAUUCGGCAAGUGUUGGGGCUCGUGUGUGGAUUGUUGUGGGGCGCUGUACCUCUCGUUGGUGCUGUAUGGAUCGUUUUAUUCCUGUUAUUGUCUUCGGUGGUUAUUUAUGGAUACUAUGGGCACAUUCUGAAGAUUGAUGAGGAAGAAUUUGGUGGCCAUGCAGCACUGCUUCAAGAGGGGCUCUUUGCAUCAUUUUCCCUUUUCUUGCUUGCUUGGAUUCUAGUUUACAGCUUGGGCCAUUUCUAAGUUGCAUCGGCCGAAGUUCUUUCCCCCUUAUUUAUCCAUUUUCCAUCACGGUUGUGAUCUUCCAAGCUUGAAGUUUGCCCCUUAACAACAAAAGCUGAGUAAGAGAUCAUCUGCCCCAUCUGAGAAACUCACUAAUUGCAUCUAAAUUGCUUUUGUAGAUUAAGAUAGCUAGUCUUGCAGUAAUUAAUGCAUUGUGAGUCAAGAGUAUUUCAUUAAACUUUCUUUUUCUUGUUUUGUUAUUCUAAAUCCUCUUUUUUUGCAUGAUAAUGUUUCUCAUUGAGAACCAACAUAACUCCAGAGUGAGAAAAAAACAACACUUGUAUUCAAGAGCAUUCAAGAUGCUCAGCCAUAUAUGGAAUCUUCAGCAUGUUGUUCAUUAUUUUUAA